CGGACGCGACCGACUUCUUGAACGCGGAGCGCGCGCACGCCGAUCUCACCAGAGCACCCCCGCGAGAUCCGAACCUACUGUCCGACGACGAGGUGUUCCUGGACUCGGCGGCGUCGACCACGUCCGGCCCACUGUCGCCCAUGUCGCCCAUUGACCAGCCGGCCAUCACUCGCGUGCAGGUGGUGCACCGCACCGUCGGCAGAGCGCCAGGUCGCGAGGACAUGUUCUCUGACGACGAGGUGUUCCUCGAGCAAGGUCAGAAGGCGCCGCCACAGGGACUCUUCACAACCAGGGCGCAACAUAUAGUCGUGCACAGGGCGCUUCCUAGAG